CUGUAUACCUAAAUCUCUAAAGCAAUAUACAUUAACUAUAACUAAUUAAUACCAUCUUUGUUACACAUUUUUCUUGCAAUCCCAUUUUAAUAUACACUGUGUUAGCAGAAUGACACAUAGCUGUCGUCUCCUCUGUGGUUUUUUAAUGAGUUGUAUCGGCUGGACGGGUAUUAUAAUCGCGACGUCAACAAACAACUGGGUGGUCACCUGUAAAUACGGCAUGCACACCUGCAGGAAGAUGGACGAGCUCGAGACGAAGGGCUUGUGGACGGAGUGCAUCAUCUCGACUGCUCUGUAUCACUGCAUCUCACUCAACCAGAUCCUCGAAAUACCUGCGUACAUCCAGACGUCUCGUGCUCUGUUGGUCACCGCCUCUCUUCUCGGUCUGCCGUCUCUGGCGCUCGUGCUGCUGGCGAUGCCGUGCGUCAAACUGAGCCAAGAAACCGAAGACACUAAAUGCAAGCGGGCAGUCCUGGGUGGCAUUCUAAUACUGUUCAUUUCUCUGUGUGGGAUGGUGUCAACCAUUUGGUUCCCCAUUGGAGUCCUUCACGAGGAUGGUCUGAUGUCAUUCGGGUUCUCGCUGUAUGCUGGCUGGGUCGGCUCAGCCCUCUGUUUUUUUGGUGGGUCUGUACUAACCUGUUGUUCAAGGAGCGACAGCCUGGCCCAGAGUCCCGAAGACCGCUAUUACUACUCCAAACACAGUGGAGUUACUAACUCUGCCUCUGCUAUAAACAGUCAUGCCAAGAGCGCACAUGUUUGAGAGAGGAGACGGACACACACACACACACACACACACUGGAUAAGACCUCCGCGCCUUACCUCAAGAUGGUAUUUGGACACACACAUUCAAGCUCAGCUCUCACACUCACACACCUACCAGUAAAAAAUGUGUGUUUUCCACUGCCAUGGUUUGACUGCAACCAUGUGAAGAUUUGGAGAGAAUUUGAUGGAAACCUUGUUUCGUUAAAGCUCAUACGCCAAGCCUUUGUUUCAACAAACUUUGAAAUGAAUCCAGAGGGAAGCACAGUUCCUUCUUGUCUAUAAGCAUAUUUUUUGAUGUUUGUAAAGUCAAUCUAUUUACACAGUAUAGAGUUUUGCUUCUGUAUUUCUUUUUCUCAGUGACAAGAAAUUAAAUAUGUUAACACAUUAUUUACUUUCAGAAAAAGUUGCGUUAUUAACUCAUGCUUUCCUCCAGUAAUAACAAUAUAUAUUACAAAAUCACACAUCUAAUGAUGUCAGACAGACAGACAGGAAAACAGUCUGACCAGAUGUCUUGUGCACUGUUUUCCUGGAGGGCUCUUCGCAGCAUUUGUAAUCAGAGAAAAAAUUGUUGUAACAGGAAAACAUUUUUUUCUGAAAGUCUCAUUUUAGUGAUGUGUUCAGUGAUUGAUUCAUAUUACUAAUGAAAGUUUUUGUACCCUCCCUGUGCUUUCUGUGGGUAUGUGAACAACGUUUCUUUUAAUGUUCAAUGUGUUUUAAAAUUUUAUAUAAUUAUCUGCAAGGUUAUUUUAGUUUACUAAAAUUAAAACUUUGAAAACG